AUAUUUUUUUCGGAUUUAAAAUUAUAAUAAUGUCCUUUCUAACUGAAUAUUUUGAUGAAUUCCGUCAGCAUCCAAUCAAGAAAACUAAAAUGUGCCGCCCGGAGAAUCGCUGGGCGACACUUGAGGGUAAAUGGCUGGACCCGAAAAAGGGCACAGAAGACAAAACUUGGACCGAGGAAGAAAUUGAAAAGUUCAUAAAGGACACGAUGAGAAGACUUCGCGGUCAAUCCACGUACUACAAUGAUUUCUGCGCACAUCUCUCACCCGAAUUCAAGACGCGUCCCUUCAAGCCGCGCGUGAAAAAGCUGCGUCCUUGCGGAGAGAAGACCGAAGUGAUGCAGGAGGAAGUGCAGCCGCAAGGGGAGAAGCUGGCCAUGAAGGACACAGAGCUGAUGAAGGUGGCCCGCGACAUGUACGAGGCUCCCCCGCGGCCCACGCUGCGUCCUCUGCCCACGCACUACAGAAUUUUGGGUUACGUACGUCCUACAAACUACAACACUGGUCGCAGUGACUACCAGGAGGGCAUAGCUCGGCUGGCGUAUGAGUUAGUACGAGAUGACCGCAUCCCGCGCUAUGUGGCGCACAAUGGUUGCCGGCCGCGCUGGGGUCUGCCGCCUGAGGGACAGCGACAACCAGAGCUUGAUAUUGUGCCCUUUGAAGAAGAAAGACUCUACUGAUAUAGGCGUUUCAUUUGUAUAU